AUGUCUUCAUCAGGAGGCAGAGGAAGCCAGGAAGAGGAGAAGAAGACCUCUGAUCAAGGAGCACAUAUUAAUCUCAAAGUGAAGGGCCAGGAUGGCAAUGAGGUUUUCUUCAGGAUUAAAAGAAGUACUCAGCUCAAGAAACUCAUGAAUGCAUACUGUGAUCGACAAUCUGUAGAUUUUAACUCAAUUGCUUUCUUGUUUGAUGGAAGGAGACUUCGACCUGAACAAACCCCUGAUGAGCUAGAGAUGGAGGAUGGGGAUGAGAUAGAUGCAAUGUUACAUCAAACCGGAGGUGGACAUACGUUUCUUUAA